GCCAAUAGGAGCAGCUAUAGUUGUGAGUCGGCGGUGGGAAGGGCAGAUAUCGGUGUGCAGCAGACUUGUGUGAUCCACGUUGUUUGGUGGAUUAAGUAUUUACAGUAACGCUCCUGGUUGACAGACUGGUGCAGAGGUGGUGUGUGGAUGGGGGGAAACAGCCAUAGUCACCUCUCCCGAGAAGAGGGUGAGGCAGGCGGAGUAGCGUUUGUGAAGGGCAUCCGGCUGUCGGACCGAGUCAUCAACCGGAUGAAACAGCCUUCAGUGGUCAGCCCUCACCUCCCACAGAAUGGAGUUCCUCCUCUACACUCACCUGAAUCACCCGCUCCACCCUCCGCCCCCUCUGUUGAUGACAUACUGCCACUCCUGACACCUCCUCCUGUUUUGUUCAUCUCACCUCAACCACCUCUUCCUCCUCAGGAAGCCCCAUCCACGGCUCCAUCACUGGAACUUGCUUCUCCUCCUCCGCCUGUAAAACUAGUGCCUCCUCCUCCUGUAAAGUUUCACUCCCUUCCUACCACUCUGGAAUCUGAAGCAACAGCUCCUGCUCCUCCUCCACCUGAAGAGACAAAAACUACACCUUUACCUGACCCUGUUGUCUUAGCCCCACCUCCUCCUCCAUCCCCACUUUCUCCACCAGUCGCUACAAAUGUGGAGCCUGCACCUUCUCCUCCACUGGGUCCUCCUGCAGCGGGGCCAGUCGUUCUACCUCCCCCUGAACCCCUCGUCAUAGCACCAGAAAUUCCAUCUUCUACACCAACUAUUGCAGAACAAGUCGUUGAACCUUUUGUCCUUCCUCCACCUGUGGAGUCGCCCCCAGCAGCUGCAACUCCACCUGAACCUUUAGCUCCAUCUCUGCUCUCUGAAACUGUGAAACCAGCUCAUCCACCUGCUGAACCUGCUGCUGCUGCUCCUGCUGUCGAACCUCUUGAAACUGUCGUCCCUUCAACCCUACCUGUUGAGGCAGUUCAACCUCCACCCACUGUUGAACUACAUCUUCAGCUGGAGCCUGUAGUCCUGCCUCCUCCAGCUGAAGAAGUGACUCCAGUUGUGGCUCCAGCUGUUGAUUUACCUCCUCCAGCUGAAGUUGUGGCACCAGCUGUUGUUUUGCCUCCUCCAGUUGUGGCUCCAGCUGUUGUUUUGCCUCCUCCAGCUGUAGAAGUGACUCCAGUUGUGGCUCCAGCUGUUGAUUUGCCUCCUCCAGUUGAAGUAGUGACUCCAGUUGAGGCUCCCACUGUUGAUUUGCCUCCUCCAGCUGUAGAAGUGACUUCAGUUGUGGCUCCCACUGUUGAUUUGCCUCCUCCAGCUGUAGAAGUGACUCCAGUUGUGGCUCCAGCUGUUGCUUUGCCUCCUCCAGUUGAAGUAGUGACUCCAGUUGUGGCUCCAGCUGUUGAUUUGCCUCCUCCAGCUGUAGAAGUGACUUCAGUUGUGGCUCCCACUGUUGAUUUGCCUCCUCCAGCUGUAGAAGUGACUCCAGUUGUGGCUCCAGCUGUUGCUUUACCUCCUCCAGCUCUAGAAGAGACUCCAGUUGUGGCUCCAGCUGUUGAUUUGCCUCCUCCAGCUGUAGAAGUGACUCCAGUUGUGGCUCCAGCUGUUGCUUUACCUCCUCCAGCUGUAGAAGUGACUCCAGUUGUGGCUCCAGCUGUUGAUUUGCCUCCUCCAGCUGUAGAAGUGACUCCAGUUGUGGCUCCAGCUGUUGCUUUACCUCCUCCAGCUGUAGAAGUGACUCCAGUUGUGGCUCCAGCUGUUGAUUUGCCUCCUCCAGCUGUAGAAGUGACUCCAGUUGUGGCUCCAGCUGUUGAUUUGCCUCCUCCAGCUGUUGAAGUGACUCCAGUUGUGGCUCCAGCUGUUGAUUUGCCUCCUCCAGCUGUAGAAGUGACUCCAGUUGUGGCUCCAGUUGUUGAUUUACCAACUCCCUCUCCUCCUGCUGUGGCUCCAGUUGCUGAUUCUCCACCUCCAUGUGCACUGGUUCCACCUCCAUCUCCUCCCGCUGAAUCAGUGACUCCAGCUUUGCCUCCAGCUGUUGAUUCUCCACCUCCAUGUGAACUGCUUCCACCUCCUCCAGGGCCAGCAGCAGCAGCCCCCCCUCUUGCUCCAGAGCUCACCUUUGAAGAGCCCUGCCCGCCCUGUCACUGUGUGGAGCUGGCCGUCGUGCCUGCUGAUGCACCUCUGGUCAGUGACCCCCUCGUGGAGCUUCUAAUGCCAACUCUGUCUGAGCCACCUCCACGUGAUACAGCUCCAGCUCCUGAAGAGUCCGCCCCCAUCCUGUCUCUGCCCCCUGUUGUUGAGGAUGAAGUCAUCUCAGUGGCUCCACCUGCAAAAACGUUGCCUGUUUCUCCUGAAGUGGUGGAGGGAGAACUGAGGCAGAAGAUCCAUGAGGAGAUGCAGAGAAGUCUGGAGGACGAGAUCAACCAGAAGAGACAGGAGCUGCUGCUACAACUGGUGGAGAUGAGGGCUCUGGCUCAGGUGGAGGCCACGGCUGCAGCUCAGGCUCAGGUAGAGGAGCAGGUGAAGAAGACACUGGGGGCGGAGAAGUCGGCGCAGAUGGAGAAGCUGACGGACGCCAUCAUGAAGGAGCGAAUGAGGACGGAGGACCAGAGGCUCAUGGUGCAGCUUUAUAGGAUGGAGGUGAAGGCUCAUCAGCUGGAUGAGAAGGAGAAACAGCUGCAGAAACGAGAUGCUCUCUACCAGGAACACAUCGCAAAACUUGAAACGAAGUGCACUGAGUUUUAUAAAGUGACUGCAGAGAGCUUCCAGAAGGGCAAAGAGGAGACACACCAGCGGUUUGCGCGUUUCGACAGGCAGCCGGUGUGUGGAGACCUGCAGAGUCAGAUUCUAAAAUGCUACAAGGAAAACACAGGGAAAACUCUGUCUUGCUCGAGCAUAGCCUCAGCCUACAUGCAGUGUGUGGACAACACCAAGAAAAAUAAGUUGAGCACUGGAGGUUAACAUUAACCAAGCGAUGAAGACGACUGACAUAUUUACUGCUGCAGUGAACAAACGAUGAAGGACAGAAAUCAACACACGGAUGGGUUACCGAUAAUACAAUUUAUAUGGAAAUAGAAAAAAUGCCACAUGCCAAAUGGCAAAGUGACUUUUCUGGUCUGGUACUGGUGUCACAAACACAUAGAGUUUAAUUUUACACUUCAUGUCUGUGACCUUGUUGGUUCUUGGAAUCAUCCUUAAACCUUUUAUGCCAACACAGCAACAAGUCAGGAGGAUAUUUCUAAGUGCUUGUCUGUGUUAAUAAGGCAAAACAUAACAGAAGCAUUAGAGUAAAGUUUGCUGCACAUGGUUUUCAUUUUGAGUGUGAACACUGUAUGAGAAGCAGUAUAUACUAAAUAUGUAUGUGUGCCUUGAAGCUAGUAAUCAGACUGCAGAUGCAUGAGAGAACUGUUAGAGGAGCAGAGGUGUGAUAUAACAAAGACUCGUUGCUUGUUGAAGUUUAUGUACGUCGAUGAUUUCAGGGAAUCUUCACCUUCAACUUCUCAUUCUCAAAGUCUGGUGGAUGCACAAAAUAAUAAAAAGGUUCGAUGAAAA